AUGUCUUUAGAAAAAACUCAACAAAUCUUCAACAAGAUCCAGAAUAGCCCUGCCCAUCAGAAUCCGGAUGAAGCGCCACCAGUCCACAUUCCUGCAGAUGCCAUUGGUAUGAACAAAAGUUUGACUAAUUACACGUCGGCCUCACAUUUGCAGACGAGAAGCGCCAGUCUGUUACAAAAACGUGAUGCUCUACGGUGUGAUAACGGACCUUGCAUUGAUGGAAGCUGCUGUGGUAAGAACAGCAUUUGCGGCUAUGGGCCUGACUAUUGCGGUGAUGGGUGUCAGUCUCAGUGUGACGCCACAGCUAUGUGUGGAGAAUUCAGUGAGGACGCUGACAUGCCGUGCGGCAUGAAGCUUUGUUGUAGCGCAACCGGGUGGUGCGGUACCACUGAGGUCUAUUGUGAUAAUGCUGACCCCGUCCACAAGACCUUACCUUGUCAGGCUGGCUAUGGUUCUUGUACCAUUACUGGUCCACCAGCGUGUGCAAAAGGUAGCGGCGGUUCCAGUGCCAGAACCAUCGGCUAUUAUCAGUCCUGGAACGUUCGAACCCGACUAUGUAACAAAGUCUCACCCAAGCAGCUUGACACUAGCAAGUUCACACACAUUUUCUUUUCAUUCGCCUUCAUCGACCCUUCAUCUUUCAAGGUUGCCCCUGCCCACCCAGACGAUAUUGCCCUUAUGAAAGAGUUUACGUCUUUGGCGAGUAGCAAGCUCAAGACGUGGAUCGCCAUUGGAGGCUUCGACUUUUCCAAUCCUGAAGUUGCAACCCAUAAAACAUGGAGCCAGAUGGUCUCGAGCAAAACCAACCGAGCCGCGUUCAUCAGCUCGGUGAAGGAGUACAUGGAUACCUUUGGGUUUUCUGGCGUUGAUCUUGACUGGGAAUACCCAGGAGACCCUAAAAGAGGCGGCAACAAACUAGCCGACACAAGGAACCUUGUUGCUCUUGUAAGAGAGAUGCGUGCAGCUUUUGGGCAGUCUUACGGUAUUAGUCUCACGCUUGCUCCCGACUAUUGGUAUCUCAGAUGGUUCGAUGCAAAGGCCAUGGAACCAUAUGUCGACUUUUUCGGUUUUAUGGCUUACGACUUGCAUGGCUCCUGGGAUGCUGACGUCUUGACCCUUGGUAAAAAAGUUCGCGGUCAAGCCGAUAUUCGUGAGAUUCGCAACAACACGGUGCCUCUUUGGUUUGAAGGCUUAAACCCCCAGAAACUAAACUUUGGCCUCGCCAUGUACGGUAGAGGCUACACUCUAAGUGAUCCAUCUUGCGACCAACUACUUUGCGGCUUCUCAGGUCCUAGCAAACCAGCUCCCUGUACCGGAUUCGGAGGCGUCAUGUCUCUCAUCGAAAUCCAGCAGUUAAUAAAGAAGAAGAACCUCAAGCCUCAGUACCUACCCGACUCGAUGAUGAAGCAGAUUACCUGGGAUGAUCAAUGGAUCGGCUAUGAUGACGAGGAGACAUUCGCAGCCAAGAGAGCGUUUGCUGACAGUCUUUGUUUUGGAGGCACCAUGAUUUGGAGUAUUGACUUUCAAGUUCCAGGUUCUGGCUCACCGGACGACGCAGAUGGGGAAGUAGUCUAUCUUGAUCCCUCUGUCUACUCAGGAACACCAGCCCAAUGUACCGGACCUUGCCAACUCGUGCUGCCACCAAGAGCGUUGCCCUCCAAGACUACCAUCUCCAUUCCACCUUUCACGACGUCUCUUGAGGUUGCUCCCGGAUCCACCAAGACGGUGACAGUCACGGUUCCCGAUAUUGUUACAGAGUCCAUAGACUACUACAAUGUCAGAAUCACGUCUGGUCAAGAUCAAGGAACCCUUACACCCACUCCCAGUAUCAGUAUCAAACCGAUCACGACAACACUGACUCUCGAAGGUGGCUCGACUCAAGUAAGAACACUUACACUGCCUCCAUGGCCCAAGAUCAUUGGGGGUACAAUUGCGCCAGGUAAACCAGGCGCCCCCAAGACGAAGACAAGCAAUACAGGAAAUCCCUGGAUCAUAACCGGCCCUACACAAAAUGACAACCCCCCGGAACCAACGUGGGAGCCUUAUACGAAAACGCCAUUUGGUCAAGAAGAGCCUAGCCCUACCUGGCCUGUAUCUUGGGAAAUCAAGCCUGUUCAGACUGACGUCUCGGAAAAGGGCGAGGAUGAUGAUGGUGACGGACCCAAGAGUAAGACAACUUGCAAGUUGUGGUUCUUUUGGGUCUGUAUCAGCUGGCCGGAAUUUGGUGUUGACAUCAAAGGUUGGGAAUGGAAUAUUCCGCCUGGAAUUUUGCCUCCUGGUCCACCCCCGAUUGACAAGAUCAAGCUACCUCCUGGGUUCACAAUCAAAGGAACGCUUCCCCCGUGGCCCAAGAUGACUGUCCUCCCUGGAGGUCAGAUCGCUCCUCCACCUAAGCCUGAAGGGUGCACACCAGCAGAAGCUUCACUCUGUCUGACAACUAGUGCCUUUGCGACAACCGUUUCCAAGGGAGUGACCAGGACGACAGCAACGCAGGUGAAAUCAACUUGUGCCACUAUCACCGGAUGCAACUUCAAGGAUGUCGAGGCUACUAAAGAAGUCGAAAGCUGCAAACUCACGAAGAGGGCUCUCGAUAUCGGGAACAUGAUGCCCGAGGUCACAGGCCUUCCUGAGCACGAGAAGCGUAGUCUUACCAAGAGACGACUCAUGCCUGACUGGAAUUGCGAGUCCAAUGGAGACGGAGCCUUCGUGCUCCUCCGCGAUCCCACAAAUAGCCUCGCGCGCCGAAUUGUGAUCCAACUACUCAACGAGCGAAAAGAGCAACUGAACGCGCGUGGUAUGGACGCCGACUACAAGGAAUUCCGGGCAGAUGAUCUUGGUUUCACAGGUUUUUUCAUCCUCUAUAACGCUGGUCCCCUCGCUAUAAACUACUUCAGAUCCAGCGAGGUCCCAGAGGUACGAUGGAUAUACAGAAACAAAGGCAGCGCAUUUGCGAAACGAGACGAGCCUUGGCCACGCCCGAAGAACGACAUCAAAGCCAAAAAUCACAACAAGAGAAAUGCGUCCAAGAAUCCCCAGUCUCACGAACGACAUGGCUCUUUGGCUAAGAGAACUGAACAAGAUUCUGCCGACCGCAUGUGGCAAUUGUCCAUGAUCUCAAUGCCCGAGAAUUAUCCUUUCGAUGCGGACUUUGGUUACGCGGACACAAGCAAGCCGCGUCACGAGCCCAGCAAGAAAAAGUACACACAUUAUUAUGACUCUUCAGGGGGAAGUGGUCAGACCGUCUAUGUUGUAGACGGUGGUUGGUUCGGUCCUCAAGAACCAGACUAUGCAAACGCCAAUCCCGUGCAGCUGACUCCUGACCCGAUUUGGCAAAUCACCGAUUCACCCUAUGCAGACAAGGCUCACGGGUACCUAGUUUCGUCUUACGCCGUCGGCCACUCGAUGGGAAUAGCUCGUUCAGCCAACCUUGUCUUUAUACCUUUUUACAUGACAGGUACAUUCGUCGGAGAGCGUGCCAUUGAGGUUCUUCUGAUGAUUGCCAAUCACCAAAACGGCAAGAUGAACAACAAGGCCGUUGUCAACAUGUCGUAUGGAAACGAGUUCAUCGGUGCAAAUGAUCCUACGAUCUGGGUUAUACACACCAUGUUGAUGCGCCUGAUGGAGGAAAAGUACGGAACAGUGUUUGUCGCUGCUGCAGGCAAUUUUCCUGAGAAGCCUUUUCACGAGCCACAAAUGUCUAUGAAGCAUCUCAAGUCCAGGUUUAUUGUCGGUGCUGUAGACGGCUACAGCAAAAGAGCCGAUUUCAAUGUCUUUGAUGAGAUGAUCACAGACUGGGCACCAGGUGUAGACCUACCAUUCAAUAGGCCUCUUCCGAAUCUACCGCAGUAUGACAACGGUGCCUCGGGCACAUCUUUUGCCGCUCCCCUUGUCGCGGGACUCAUUGCCUACAUUCGUGGACAUCCUGGAGCAGCACAGGCUGGUAUUGCGACACCAGAACAAGUUAGGGCCGUUAUUGAGAGCAAGAAACGGUUCCUGUCUUACAGCCCAGAGCGACAAGACAAGAAGAUAGUUGUCUAUAAUGGCCAAGAACGACCAGAUGGUGUCGAUCCUGCGGCCUGCAACCCUGGCGCGAUUCCAAAGAGAAGCCUAGAGUCUCGCAACUUUGUUAGCUCAUGCGAGAUUCCAGGUUCUGGAGGCAACAGUGGUGAUGGAACCGGGCCUCGAUUCGGACCUUCUGUUGAGUUCAAGCCUGGGAAGCCCGGUCCGUUGUGUAGUGAUGUCUGCGGAAAGCUUUGCGAAGGCUUUUGGUGCACUUUCAACCCUACCGGAACGAACCCUGACUUUUCCAACCCCACUUCUCCUGCUGGAUCAGAUAACUCUGAUUCUGGAUCUGGAUCUGGAUCUGGAGGAAACAAUGGCAACUCGCCAAUUCACUUGACUGGUCUGCCUGACCUACCUACCCCAACUGAUAGCAGUGGUGUUCCUGUCGGUAAGGUCUGCCUCGCUUCUACUACCAACAUUGUUUGCAAUGGAGGUCCUAGGGGAGGCGUUUGCCAGACCUCUACAUCCUGCAUCAGCACUGGUGUCGACCCCAACUUUCCCACCAUCACCGCAUGGGUGCCACCUACAAGCCCACCUGGAGCAACAUGCGCUUCGAGUACUACAUGGACUCUGCUGGGAGGUCCCAAAGGCCAGGCUACGAUAACAUCCAGUGCCUGUGCCUCGUGGAAGCCAAAGGAGACUCCCAAGCCGAAGCCCGUUCCAAAGGGUCGUUGCAUCACUGCACACACCUACAUGCGUAAUUGUAUUGGCUCUCCUGAUAGCAUGUACGUCCAGGUCUGGGAGAAUGGUAUCCUUGUAUGCGACUCUGGGAACGGUAUCUGGUGGGCUUCAGAUCAGUCCGUCUAUCGAAUGGACUGUGCUGGCAAAGCAAAGGUUAGUGUGACCGACAACGGAUCCCAGUUGACAUAUACCUCCGAUGAUGGUUUCUCUAUCACGGGCAAGAAUUACAAGAGGCAGUCAGAUACCGUGGUAUGCGGUACCAAGCCAGGGCGCGGCGAUAUGCCAGACGUAGAUUUGCACGGCUUCCUCUUCGAGAACACCUUUAUGACCAAUAACUGUGAAGGGUGUCCUGUUCCGGAAUUGUGCGACUACGAUCAUACUAUGUGUCCUUUCGACGGACAAUGCAAGUAG